AGUUCACUGGUUUUCUUGUCAGCAAUGUCCAAAGACGGACAUCCCACGCCUUUUAUGAAAUUAUUUGAUCCUAAUCUCAUACACCAGUUGGAUUAAAUAACGAACCGGGUGUAAAUCGUUAAUAGUUUAUUUUUAGGAUAAUUUCACUGGAAUUGGAAAUGACGUAGAGUCAGUUAUGAGUAACAUACCGACAAGUCAUGUCAUGUACCAAUGGACCCCUCGGUUUAAUGAUCAAUUCACCAAAGAAUUGAACCUUAAAGGUUCCUCGUUAUAAGGUUAAUGUCCAUAUUUUUUCAUUGUUUUGAUUAUUUUUGUACAAUCAUUUCCUUUUAUAUAAAAAGUCCGAUAAUAGUCGUUGAUUGUGAUUGUUAGACAAUGUUUUUCUAGGCGUAAAUGAUAAGAGUUGAAUUAUUGAUUGUUAAUCUUAUUUCAUUAUAAAUAUUUAUUUUACCUUCUUUGAUAUUAUGGAAGUACAAAAUAAAUUCAAGUCCUUGACCUGUGGUUGAUUCACCAUAUUCAUCCUUGGAAGCUGGAUUUCGGAGAUGGAAAACUCGCAAGAAGAGGUAUUUUCCGGGAGCUCUGAUGGAGAGAACAUCCGUCUUUCCAAGUUCUCCAUAUACCACAGCGCGCAGGAUCUUCAGGAUGCUGUGAUGGAGGACGUCGUGCUGGUGCCAUCCGAAGACUCUACCCCGAAGGCAAAAUCGAUAAUGUUCUCAGAUGGCAAAAGAUCGGUUGAUUUUGUUCUUGGCUGGCUGGAGGACUACAAAAAUGAAAAUGCGACUAAGGACGCGAAAAGGGAGGCGUUCGAGAACCACUUGCAGGAGGAAGGGCUCGAAGUGGAGAAAGAAAUCACCGACAGGCUCCACAUAGUGAAAUUGCACGCUCCGAUCGAAGUUCUCAAGAGAUAUUGCGAGAUAUUAAAAGUCAGGAUGCCUAUGAGAGAGAUCCCUGGUCAAGAAGAGCUUUUCAGGACGCAGUAUGACACAAUCAUGACCGAAGUGAAGUCUUUUCUCGCCCGGCUGCUGUCUUGUGUCCGACUAGAUGCUUCCGUAUUUCCGUCGCAAAAGUUCCAACUCACAGCCGAGUACAGCCGUCAUAAAAGUUAUCUAUUUGAUGAGAAGCACCCAAACUUCUUCUCUUCCCAAAUUAGAACAAUUGUAGUAGAUUUUAUUUUAGAAAGGACGAGUUUUAGUCUUCAGACUGGAUCAGUUUCAGAAGUCGGUAUUCAAAAGUUAAUAAAUGAUGGCGUUUAUGAUGCUGCUUAUCCUCUUCAUGAUGGUAAAUAUGAUGAUCCGACUUGCCUAAGGGGCCUACUACUUAAAGAAUGGGCCGCGUUGAAAAACUGGGCCAUGUAUCAGCCGAUCGAUCAAGUCAGGGACUAUUUCGGCGUCAAAUUUGCCUUGUAUUUCGCCUGGCUCGGAUUUUACACGCACAUGCUGAUCCCAGCAGCAUUAUUCGGCGUUCUGACAUUUUUUUAUGGCAUUUUCACCGUUCAUAACGAUACUUACAGUAACGAUAUAUGUGAUGAGAGCUUAAACAUUACAAUGUGUCCACGUUGUGACGAACACUGUGAUUAUUGGAAAUUAUCAGACACAUGCACCUACGCAAAAUUUGUAUAUUUGUUUGAUAAUCCCGCUACAAUUAUAUUUGCAAUAUUUAUGUCGUUUUGGGCUACAUUGUUCCUGGAGCUUUGGAAAAGGUAUUCAGCUUCAAUAGCUCAUAGGUGGGGGCUGACUGACUUCAGCCUUCAAGGGGAGCCACCGAGACCACAAUAUUUAGCUAAAUUAAAAUCUAAUAAAAAAACUAAAAUGAAAAAGAAUUUAAUAACAGGAGUCCAAGAACCAUAUGUACCUUUUUGGACUGUAAGGUUACCAGCAAUGUGCCUAAGUUUUUCAGUAGCAUUCUUACUAGUGAUGGUUGCAAUAGCAGCAGUUUUUGGUGUAGUUUUUUAUAGAAUGUCUGUUCUCGCUUCAAUCAGUUUGAUAGCACCUAGUCAAUCUGCGACGCAUUACGCCAUUGUCAUUAUUCCCUCAACUGCUGCAGUAAUCAAUUUAGUAUUUAUUUUUGCUCUCAACUACAUAUACAACAAAAUAGCGGUUUAUAUGACGGAAUUUGAAAUGCUCAGGACGCAGACUGAAUUCGACGAGUCUUUGACUAUAAAAAUAUAUUUAUUUCAGUUUGUGAAUUAUUAUACCUCCAUAAUGUAUAUCGCUUUUCUCAAAGGGAAAUUUGUCGGGUAUCCAGCUAAAUAUAACCGAAUUUUCGGAUUCCGUCAAGAAGAGUGUAAUCCCGGUGGUUGUUUGAUGGAGUUAAGCAUACAGCUAGCUAUUAUUAUGGUCGGCCAGCAAGCUAUGAACAGCGUCAUUGAAAUGGUCUUACCAUAUUUCUACCAAUGGCUAAAUGUAUCAAAAAUCAAAGCUGGCCAAGAUAAAAAAUUGAACGAUCAGAUUGUCGACCCGACUCAUAAACAAUGGAACGAAGACUUCAAACUUGUAGAUUUUGGUACAGAAGGACUCUUCAACGAAUAUCUCGAAAUGGUUGUUCAAUAUGGAUUUGUUACGAUAUUCGUUUCUGCAUUCCCUCUGGCGCCGUUUUUCGCCUUGAUUAACAACGUUUUUGAAAUGAGGUUGGAUGCAAAAAAAUUCCUUUUCUACUACAGGAGGCCGGUACCAAGAAGAGUACCGAACAUUGGAGUCUGGUACAGGAUUUUAAAUGUACUUGGAAGGCUUGCCGUCAUCUCAAACGCUUUUAUUAUAGCGUUUUCGUCAAACUUUAUACCAAAAAUGGUGUAUAAGUACUACGUCUCUCCGGAUCACUCCGACACUGGUUUUCUCAACCAUUCACUCGCUGUUUUUAACGUAUCCGACUUUGAGUUCAAUAGCAGUCCACUUCACCCAACAAUAAAUGCAACCAUGUGCAGGUAUUCGGCUUACAGGCAUUCACCUGACCAUUAUAAGCCUUAUAAGAGAAGUUCACUCUAUUGGCACAUUCUUUCUGCCAGGCUACUGUUUGUAGUAGUUUUCCAGAAUAUUGUCUCCAUUGUAAUGAUAAUUGUACAAUGGUGCAUACCCGACGUUUCGCCAAAACUUCAGGACCAAAUUAAGCGUGAGCACUAUUUGACAACCGAAUUGAUAAUACAGCACGAAGCCAACAGGGCUAAGAAUAUGGAUCAAGAUAAAGGUGCGUCUUCGAAAAAUAUGCUACAGGCGGAACAAGGGGUCGUCAGACGCCCUGCGAGAAAGAAGAACAAGAACACAACUUUCGGCGAACCUGUUUGACCUAAUAUUCCUCUUACUAAGUACUUAAAGAAAGCAUUUUUUUUUUUUUUCCUUAACCUCCAAUUUUAGCUUGUAAUCUUGAUGUGGUGGUCUAGCUGUGAUAUAGU